ACACAGUUAUUUGAAGAUGACAGACCGUUACAACAUCCACAGUCAGCUGGAGCAUCUGCAGUCGAAGUACAUCGGCACAGGACACGCAGACACCAGCAAGUGGGAAUGGCUGGUUAACCAGCACAGAGACUCCUACUGCUCCUACAUGGGCCACUUCGACCUUCUCAAUUACUUUGCUGUCGCUGAGAACGAGAGCAAGGCUCGGGUUCGCUUUAACCUGAUGGAGAAGAUGCUGCAGCCGUGUGGUCCACCUACUGACAAACCUGAGGAUGCUUAGGGCUGUUCUGACUCCGUCCUUAAAGCAGGAUGUUUUUUGUUCAUUCAGUGAAGGGAGAUCAAAUAUAGAGACCAUAGACACUUGGGGGUUGUAGGUGAUCUUUGAAUCCUCUUGUUUGUGAAUCAAUGUUUUCUCUUUUUUUUAUGCUUCUUUUUUGUGGUAUUUUGUAUAGAUUUUUGAACCACAAGCGUCUUUGAAGAUAAUAAAGUUGAUAUCCUUUCACAAAUGCA